CUGAGAAGUCUGUUCCAGAAAUCAUACUUGAGUCUAGUCGGGUCUUGCUUGUAUGAUGCUUGUACACUUCUACCUCUCUCGUCUAAAGACUCCCGGGAUGGCUUCUGUUCUCCCUCGAGACGAGUUUGCGGCUUGGUAUAGCUUUGGUAAAGGCUGGGGCAAUACCGACACCAUAUAUGACAUCAAUUGGCCCUGGAAGCCUCUUACACCAUUAAAUGAUCUGAUCCCUGCUGUGGCUCAGAUGACGCAUAAGCACCAGAUAUUAUUGGGUGUGCAUCGUAAUUGAAUGUAUCGCUGUCAUGUAAUGUGUAGUGGCGUUCUACGUCGGAAUUACGGGAACAAUCGAGGAUCUACACAGUGAAUCCCCCGAUGAUGUUGUAGUCCAG